CACACACAGUGCGUCGUCGGGCCACGAAAAUGCGCGCGGUCUGCGCUGUACACGCGCGCGUGUACUCCUAGCGCUCGUACACGGCGCUUGCCGCUCUCGCGUGACACGGAAGUGUGAAACCGAAGAUAUACGGCACUCCGCAUCAGCGACUCACGUGCGAUUUCCGCAGCUCGGCCGUCAUUCCCACAGGCCGGCGGGGAUCGCUCCUGCCUGAUCGGAAUCCGGAUCCUCACCAUACACGGCUCCUCACGGCUGGAUCAUUAUUCACCCCCGUACACCGUCGACGCAGAGAAAGAGAGAGAGAGCGAGAGCGAGAGAGAGAGAGAAGAAGGAGAUAAGUGCGUCCAGGCGGAUGUGAAGUCAAUCAAAUUGGAAUGUGUGGGCCGCGCGGUGAUAUGCGUACGACUAGGUCUUCCCUAUACCUCUCACUGGUGCUGCUCGCUGCGUCUUUUCUGUUCUUUCUCGAUGGAUGCGAUGCCAAUCCGGAUGCCAAACGUCUCUAUGACGACCUGUUCGCACAUUACGACAGCCUCACGCGGCCAGUCCCGCGGCACAAUGAAACACUCAACGUCCAACUGGGCCUUAAGCUGACACAAAUUCUAAAUCUGGACGAAAAGAAUCAGAUUAUGACAACGGUUGUAUGGCUAAAACAGAAAUGGGUGGAUAAUAAGCUCAAAUGGGACCCAACGGACUACGGCGGAGUAGAUAGGCUACACAUUCCCUCGCAGUUGAUAUGGAUUCCUGAUCUUGUGUUAUACAACAAUGCAGACGGCAGCUAUCAAAUUACGAUCAUGACCAAGGCGACGGUGAUGUUUAACGGCACGGUCGUGUGGGAGCCGCCGGCCGUCUACAAGAGCUCGUGCGAAAUCGACGUGCAGUACUUUCCCUACGAUAAGCAGAACUGCAGCUGGCGCAUCGGCGCCUGGACGUACGACCAGAAGUUCGUCGACCUCGAGUUUCUCGAGAGUCCGGAGAGUCGCGACGACGACACGAAGCAGAUGAACUACAACCACGAGGCGAUCGACCUGCACGAGUACCAUCGCAACGUCGAGUGGGAGAUCAUGGAGGUGCCGGCGAUGCGCCAGCGCAAGAACUAUCCGUGCUGCCCCGAUGAGAAGUUCACAGACAUCACCUUCUACAUCGUACUGCGCCGCAAGACGCUCUUCUACACCGUCAACUUCGUGAUACCGUGCGUGUGCCUGACGGUGCUCUCCGUGUGUCUUUUCUACCUGCCCGUCGUCAGUGGCGAGAAGAUCUCGCUGGGCGUCUCUCUGCUCGUGUCGCAGACGCUCUUCUUUUUACUACUGUCGGAGACGAUUCCACCUACCUCGCUCGUCGUGCCCCUGCUCGGCAAGUACAUUCUUUUCUCGAUGGUGUUAGUGUCGCUGUCGGUAUCGCUCGCCGUGUACGUGUUGAACGUCCAUUACCGAAAACCGGGCAUUCACAAGAUGCACCGGUGGGUGAGGCACAUCUUUCUCGACGUGCUGCCCAGUUAUUUGAUGAUGCGCCGACCGCAGUUCCAGAAGGACAGGAGCUACCAGGCCGUACAGGAGAUCGGUCGGCGCUUCAGCACCGUCUUCACGUUUCAGAGGGAGACGAUGAACAAACGCAUGAAACGCGACGAGUGGAAGACGAGGUGUCCCGAGAUCUUCCGAGCGAUGUCCGGGGUUCAGUUCAUCGCGACGCACAUACAGAAGCAGGACGAGCUCGACUCGAUUCGGGAAGACUGGAUGUAUGUCGCCAUGGUCCUGGAUAGACUUUUUCUUAUCAUUUCCACAAUCGUAUUUUUCGUAGGAAGUUUUACAAUUAUAUUCCAGGCUCCUGGGUUUACAGACUUUGAUCCGCCCCUAAAAGAGUGAACGUUCAUGUGCAGUGACUCGUUUGUAGUAAAUGUAUAAAACACGACACUCGAUACUUAAAUAAAUUUGUUCCCACUCUAUGUUAGACGAUAGCAGCUCAGCAAACAUUUUUCGAACGUUGAAUUUAUCGUGAGCGAUCAUUCGUGGUUGGCAUGGCGACAGAAUUGCAUUGCUAUCAGCUUCACAUUAUUAUUACGUCCGUUUAAAUUGCACUAUUCGCCUGAAACCGUUAUACGGCCUUAUACGGUGUGCAGAUGCGUCAGUAGUGUUUGAAUAUUGAACUAUGCGCAAGGGCAAUACGUGAAUGUAUAGAAUAAUAUCACUCAGAGUGGGCGUAACCUUCCGUAAUUACUACGCAUUCUCCUGUGCAAUAUUUUGUAAGAACGUUCUUGCUUUUUUAAUUCUUUUGUAUGUUGCUGCUAUAUCUGAUACGAGGUACCAAUGUACUAUGGGCUGCGGCAAGAUUUUGUUAUCCGCUCAAAGUAGAAGACACUAGUGGAAAUGGUAACAUUAAUAUAAGCAAUAUGGUUCGUUAUUGAACUGUAAUUUUGCCAUUUGUAAUUUUAUGUUAUAUGAUUUUAUGUACAGUUUGUCUUUGUGGAAUGAAUAUAUUAUAACUGUAUUUAAUGAAAUGAACCUAUAUGCUAAAUUUUGAGUGUGGACAUAAUGUCCUUGUUUAUUAUGAUUCCUUUUAUAUAUUUAUUUUACUCGCGAUGUGGUUGGCUAUUUCUUACUCAAUAAAAUAUCUUAUUCCACUGUCAUAAAAGUAAAACCUUAUUAAUAACAACAAUAAGAAGAACACAUUAAUCAAUGCGUAAACUUGUGCGCUGUUACUAUAUAUACUUUAAUCAAUGAUGACCUGAAGGAAUUUAGGGACAAGGUAGAAAACACAAGGGCACUAAGCGCGGUGGCAGUGACCACAUAGCGCAAUGCGCAUGUCCCAGAAGCAUGUUUUUGUAUUUCGUCAUUGAUUUGAGAAAAAAACUGUUGGCGGCAUAUGUUGAGAUGGUCCCCGCUAUAACUGUGGCAAAUACAUCUAGCGGCGAUGUUUGUAAACUGCAGCAUUUGAACAGAAGCACUUGUCGCAGCAGGACCGGCCUACCCGCCAUCUCUACUGUAGCAUUUACCUUCGGGUUUUCAAUGAUUCUCAAGUGGUCAUAUCAGAGCUGUUAGAGCUUCAAUACGACCGGAUGAGUUCUGGCAGAUCCACACGAAGCCAACUAUAUGUAUAUAUUAUAUAUAUAUAUAUAUAUAUAUAUGCUGCGCGCGUUUUUCAAUAUUUGCAAUACAGUUUCUCGCUGACUUUGGUUGUCAUCAUUAGGGUUCGGUAAACUUCGUGCAACAAUAGAACGCGAGUUGUAAAGAUUGCUGCCGGUACAGGAAAUGUGGCUCGAGUUUUUAACGGUUUUAAUAUAAAUCGUUUUAUAGCAGUCAAAUACUUUUUGCAAAUUAAAACAAAACGGGUUUUUGAGUGAUUUGGAUAUUCGUGCGAUAUAUCUGUUGCUUGAGCAUGAAUUUGAAUUUAUGCAAACCAGCUUAUUCGUAUCGUGUUUUUGGUUAAUAUAUGGGUGAUCACCACAGCAGUAGGGUAUCAAUCUAAAACGGCGUUCAAUUAUUAUUUCAACGCCAACGACACAAAUUACUUGCUUGACAUUAAUUAUUUAUUCAUUAGUUUGGCAGUGUAAUUUUACAAAACUAUUAACCAUUGUUUAUCCGGAGACAUAUGAAUAAUUAAUAUAGAUUUAUGAAACGUUCCCAUGAUACCGCGAAAUAUCUACUAUUGAAAAUAUUUUAAAACUGCCUCAAUGCUAUGUAAAUUGGCUAUUAUUAAUUUGAAAGUGUUAAUAAUGUAUUCAUAUCCUAUUUGGUAUAUAAUUCAAUGCAUUUUAGUAUGCAGAUAACGUGCUUGUUUAUACCGACCUGUUACUUAAGAAUAGCUGACACCGUGGUACUGUAGUAAAAAAAUCAGCUCUCGAUUUGCAAUCAUAGUAAUGUUUAAUACUCAUUUUUUAUAAUGCUACAUGCUUUCCUCAUCAAUUUUUUUCUGUUCUGUGUGGCGUGUGAAUAUGUGUUUUCUGUGAAAUACAACAACCGUUGAUAUUUACGGUGAGUGUACGAUU